AUGGAAUCAGUUGAGUUGAGUGCCAACGAAAUGCCUGCAUUCGGUGAUCUCAUCAAUCUCAGUGCCGAAAAGCUGCAAGAGUUGGAGACAGUUCUUACCUCAAUUCUGGCCUUGCCUGUCGCCCGAGAGACCUAUGCUCAGAUCAUUGAUGGAAAGCCCACUCGCACCCCGUAUUCUGAGGACAUCAAGGCCCACAGAUCUGGUCUUUUGGAGACCAUCAUCGUCAAUGAUAAUUCAAAGCCCAGUGAUGGAGCUAUGCAACAGUACGAAGAGAUCAGGAGGACCUUCGUGCCCCAGGGAUUGAAAAUUGACCUUAAGCUGACCCAAGCCUACCAAAAUGCGCUACCGGGCAGUCGUGAACAUCUGUUACGCCUCCUGGAAAUAGCAGCAGCUUCAGUGAAUGCAUUGGCGGGAAUGAUAUAUGCAUCCUUCCACCCGGAUACGAAAAUCAUGCCUCCAGAACCGCGAGAGGGGCAUUUCUGGCAAUUCCGCACGACUGACCAUUUCUAUGUCGAUUUCUAUCAUACAAAUUACCGAAGAUUCCAACGCUACCCAUUCGGCCUAUUGAACGUUGUGGGAUACUGGGCCGAGGCCGAGCUUUUCGGCGGUGUCGUGUUGUUCGAGCGGGUAGGAUCAAGCUCUAAGAUCAUCAACGCUUUCCUGCAUCCGCAGACCGCGGUCCAUGCUUACCAGCUCUCCGAACAGCAGCUCAAGUCAUUCGCAGACCUAGGCAUAGCGGGCGAUGCAGCUAAAAGCGCUGGCGCAGAGACCGUCCUUCCAUUCGCCAAAGAACCAGACGCCCGUACCGAGCUCACCUUCGCCAAAGUGGGAAAAGCACCACUUCGUAUCUACAAGAAUGAAUACGACCGACCGCCGGUGUCGUACCUUCCAGAGGGUCCGGGCUGCGUGAAGAUGGGAGACGGAGAAUCGGGCGCGAAAUUCGAUGACUUGAUGAAGUUCGUGCAGGAAAAGGGAUGGGACAGGGCGCCUACCUAUCCCGCGCCUUUCGAAUCCCAACCGUCUCUCCGGGAUGCGUACUCGGCGAGAGACGGUGCCUCCUUCUCGUCGAAGGAUGGUUCACACUCAGCGAACAACGAAGGCCCAUGA